AUGAAACAGCAGGAGGAGAAGAAGAGGAAGAGGGAGAGGUCUGAGAUGGAGCCGGAGGUGAUGGACCAGUUUCACCCCAACAUCAAGGUAGAGGUGGAGCAACAAGGAGACCGGCCUGUCAGGGCUUGCAGGACCACGCCCCGGAGUGAGUGCACCCCUCGACAGCAGCUCCUGGAACACUUCCUGCGCCAGCUUCAGAGGAAGGAUGCCCAUGGCUUCUUCACUUUCCCAGUGACAGACGCCAUCGCUCCAGGUUACUCUGUGAUAAUCAAACACCCCAUGGAUUUCAGCACCAUGAACGACAAGAUCACAGACAACGAGUACAAAACCGUCACGGAGUUCAAGGCGGACUUCAAGCUGAUGUGUGAUAAUGCCAUGGUGUAUAACCGCCCAGAGACCGUUUACUACAAGGCUGCCAAGAAACUGCUGCACACUGGCUUCAAGAUGAUGAGCAAAGCGGCCAUUUUAGGGGACGAGGACUUGGCGUCUGAGGAGCCCCCUCCGGAGGUCAUCUCCAUGCCCGUGGAGUCGGCGUCGGCCAAGAAAUCCAAGAAACCCAAAGACAUCAAAGAUAUGAAGGAAGUCAUCAGUUACCUGUAUGAGCCAGAGGGGAACGCCUGCAGCCUGACUGACAGCACAGCGGAGGAACACGUUCUGGCCCUGGUGGAGCACGCUGCAGAUGAAGCACACGACCGCAUCAACCGAUACAUGCCCAACUCCAAGAUGGGUUUCCUGAGGAAAGAGCCUGAUGGUAAUCUGUUGUACACUGUAGUGAAUCAGCUGAAUCCAGAAGCAAAAGAGGAGGAGACCCACCCUGUGGACCUGAGCUCUCUGUCCAAUAAGCUCCUUCCUGGAUUAACAACACUGGGUUUCAAAGAUGACAGGAGACACAAGGUGACGUUCCUGAGCAGUACCUACAACACCCAGACCCUGCAGAACAACUCCAUCUACCCAGACCUGCUGCCUGAUGAGAUGGACCUGCUCUACUCAGCCUACGGGGAUGAGACUGGGGUGCAGUGUGCUCUCAGUAUUCAGGAGUUUGUUAAAGGUUGUGGGAACGUUACUAAGCGUUUGGUUGACGGGCUGCUGGAUAAGAUGACUGCAGGGGACCACUCUAAGGCUGUCUACCAGAUCAGACAGAAAAGAAACAUGGCGUUACCAGACGAAACCAAGAGCAACAUUUACGAUAUGCAGAUGGCUGAUGGGACAGGUCUGGGAGAGGGCAGCUCAGCGCUGGACUUCAUGUCCAUGAAGAGCUACUCUGACAUGUCUCUGGAGAUGUCCAUGCUCAACUCUUUAGGGAAGUCAGUGAAGAAGGAGCCGGGGCAUGAAGACGGGGUCAGUCAGCAGCACUUUGAGGAGGCAGCCAAGCUGCUGCAGGAGUUCCAGGAGGGCCAGGUGGAGAGGGGAGGCUCCAGACCCUCCUCUAACCUCUCCUCCCUGUCAGGGACCUCCGACAGGGACCAGCACCACCUGGGGAGUCCCUCACACCUGGGUGUUGGUGACCAGUCUGAGAUGGUUCAUGACCCCUAUGAGUUCCUCCAGUCUCCAGAGCCAGGCUCCACAUCCAACAGCUGACCUAUGAGUUCCUCCAGUCUCCAGAGCCAGGCUCCACAUCCAACAGCUGACCUAUGAGUUCCUCCA